AUGCCCGAUCAAGCCACGUUCCUCCGGGGUCUUGCGAAGCUCUACCCGGACGACGCAAACUCACCGUGGUACAUCUUCGUCGGGCUCGUCCUCCAAGCCAACGACCGCAUGGACGCGAUCGCUGCCCUCUUCGAGAUCCUGAGGGAGCAGACUCCGAAUCGAGAAGAUCUGAUCACGAAGGUCCGCACGCUGAGAGAAGCGCAGCUCAAAGCCAGCGUCCUGAUCGGCUUUCCCAAGGGCAUCAACGGAUGCAUCGCGCUGCGAAACGCGGUCCAGAAGACCGCGCCCGAGCUCCUGACCGUGCUCGACAAGGACCCCUCGCUGAGGGAGAACCUCUCCCGCCAGGAGAAGGACUCGCGGGGCCUCGCCUUCUUCCAGAGGAUCUACUCCCAGCACACGGACCGCGUGCUGGAGAACAUGUCCCUGGCAUCCGGGGGCGACCUGUCCCAGUUCGCCAUCAACGCCGUCUACGGCGACCUGAUGGCCGAGGAGCGCCGCCUCGGCGCCAAGGAGACCGGCCUGCUGGAGUUCCUGGCCUGUUAUGCUGCCGGAGGUUCAUCUUGGUCGCAGGCGAAAGGCCACAUGUUCGGCAGUCGGAACUUGGGGAACAGCGCGGAGGAAAUCCGGGGCGCGCUGAAUAUAUGCGACGCGAUCGAGGACCAUUUUCAAAUCCACGUGAACCGACAACCCGCCGCCAACUGGACUUGGUUAUCUAAACUCGACGCCUGGGAUCAUUGA